AUGGGAUCAGAUAAACCGAGGAGGUCCCUCUUUCAUCGAAUUGCUGACUCAAUCACUGGUUUUGUUCCUUCAUCAAUUUUACCUAAUGCCAAUGUUACAUCCUGGAAAAACUGUGAGUUCAGUGACACAAAAACCGGUCUAAAGAGAACAAAUGAAUCUGUUGAGAUUGGUGGUGAGUUGGAACCUAGCAGUAAAUUAUCGAGGAGUCGAGACCACCCGGCAUUCACCAGUGUUGACCUUGACGCUACCGAUCAUUCGGAGAGCGACUUCAGCUUGCGUUCUUUUUCAACCAGUGGAGUCUCCUCUUUGAUGCCAAGAUCCUGGCUUCCAGGCCCUAAGCCAGAGCAAAAGCAGGGCACUACAGUGUUCACACCACGACUGUACUCAAAUCACAGCUGUGCUACGACCAAUGGUUGCCAUACGUUGAAGAAUGAUGCAUGUGAAGAACCACUGUUGUUGAACACAUCUUGGGAUUACUCUGGGUCUACAUUUCCUACGCCAAAACGCCAGAAAUUGUCUGCUACAUCGAGUCUUAGCCCAGCAUGUACAUACCGCCCUCGUAUGGGAACUACUUACGGAGGUGCUGCGAGUUGCCGAAGUGUUCGAGAGUUAUUUCAGUUUACUACACCGCUGAAAUUCGAACUUUGCAAGGAACAAAAUUCACAGGAAAGUAAUCCAAAUGCCAACAUAAGUUCAACUGCUAGACGGAUCCUGGAGACAUUGGAGCACUUCUCAGCUCCACUCACUUCUGGAAUAUCUCAGUCUAAUAGACCACGUCACAUUAAGAGGGUGAAGGUUCCUACCAGAUGUCAUCGUUUCCCACCGUUUUCUGGAGACUAUCAAAAGAUGAAAAUGUUAUCAAACGAAUAUGAAAGGCGACAUUUGCAAGAAAGCGAGCAUUCAAAUAUGACACACUCCGAGACAGAAACACAACCUCCGAAAUGUUAUGGAGCGUCUGCGUUCAAUGAAAAACAAGUUGAUAAGUGCGAUACGAGUAAGUCCACAGAUGGUUUAGCCACUUCGACCGCUGGAUUAUGUCGCAAACUCACUGAAAAACUGUCACCCAGUUUCACGUUUUCAGACCCUAUCCAUAAAAUCUGUGGAAGUGAUUCUGAACUUGUUUCAUCUUACAGUACAGACCAGAGGUAUGUCUUCAGCUGUCCAAGUCGUUCAUGUACGAAAUGUUCAUCUCAAUCACUCGAUUUUCUCCAGCGAUCAAGUGUUCUACAAUCAGUCAGUCAAGUUGAUUCACCUGACAAGUCCAAAAACAUGUCAGCGUGGCGUUGUGAAACCUGUCUGUUGGAAAACAUAGACAGUUCUGUCACUUGUAAAGGCUGUUCCAUUCCAAAGCCUAAUUUAUUGCAGUGUACAAAAGUGACCUGUCCACCUUCCAUUUCACUACCUUCUUCUACCGUGGCUCCAUUAAUUGACGUUGUACCUGUCACCACCAACUCAGCUGUUAAUUGGGAGUGUCCUACAUGCUUAGUAUUCAAUGAGCCGAAGGAGACUAAAUGCGUCUGUUGUCAAACUUCAAAGCCUGCAACAAAGAUGAAAGGUUCCUGGGAAUGUCCAACAUGUAUGGUACAAAAUGAUAAUGAACUUGACAAAUGCCCGUGUUGCUCUACUGAUAAGCCUGGAUCGAGACCUGACAAGAAGACUCUGACAGGAACUAUUAGUUUUCCCACAUUGACAAGUGUUCCUCCUGGUAACUUCAAGUUUGGUUUCAACUUACCUACGGCGACUAAUUUUAAGGAAUCAAAUGCGGUUACAUCGAGUGGUGCUACUGUUAUACCGGUUCAUUCUGUUGCUUCUAGUAAGAAUGUAGGUUUUUCUUUUGGUGUCAAUGAGAACGUGUCCAGUCAAAGUGAACAAAUAGUAUCACCUAGUUGUACUUCAUCACAAUCACAAGAUGACAAUACUAUGCAAAUUAAACCGUCGAUGCAGUUGGGAAUUGCUAAAAACGAGGAGACUAAAGGCGCUGCAGAGAACUUCUUCUCGGGUGCUGUGUCUGGUCCCAAAACAUCGAGUUUUCUCCAGAAAUCUGACAUUAUUCCAGAGAUGUCAUGCUCCAAGGGAUUUGUUUUCGGCAGUGAACUUCCGAGUGGUACCGGAAAGACGAAUCUAUUCACAUUUGGUUCAUGUUCAGCAUCAGGAAUUAAUGGAUUCACACCUACUCCACCAUCAACUAACUUUUCGGAUAGCAUCAACGGAGGUGUUUUCCAAUUUGGAACUUCCAAUACGAUAAGUGGCAAUCUACCUAGUUCGAAUUUGUCUUCAACUCCUAUAUUUUCUAAUCACUUUGCCGAUGAAAAUGUUGAAGUGCGCAAGAAAGUACACGCAGUUCGGCGUUUACGGCGAUGA